AUGGGGAGGUUGUUUGUGGUCCAUCUCGAGGGCAAGGUAUAUAGCUGCAAACACUGCCGCACCCAUCUUGCUCUCUAUGAAGAUAUCGUUUCCAAGUCUUUCCACAGUAGACAUGGGAAAGCAUAUCUCUUCAGUAAGGUUGUGAAUGUUUCUGCUGGAGAAAACGAGGACAGACAGAUGCUCACUGGGAUGCAUACUGUGGCUGACAUUUUCUGUGUGGGGUGUGGAUCAAUUGUGGGUUGGAAAUAUGAGACUGCUCAUGAAAAAAGCCAGAAGUACAAGGAAGGAAAAUCUGUACUUGAACGGUACAAGGUGUCAGGUCCUGAUGGCAGCAAUUAUUGGGUCAGCCAUGAAGCACAUGUUGGUGGAAGUGAUGCAGAUGAUGCUUAG